AUGGACCUGCUGCUGCUCCUCUUGCUGCUGAUUCUCUGCAGUAAAGCACAGGGUUUGUGUUUGCAUUUGUAUUUUGCAUCCUACUCCUCUUGUUUGCAGCUGGUUUUGAGAAGCCCUGAUUGUAGUUCAGCUCCACCUCCAUUUUACAAACAGGGAACCAAGGCAGAGAAAGGGGUAGUGAUUGCUCCAGGUGACUUUCCUCCUUCCCCACCUCCCUCUUCAUCUCCUCGGGCUGCCAGGAAGCCCAGUGACCCAGGCAUCUCCAUCUAUUCAGUCCCCCCAGCCUCAUACCCCAAGCCAUGGCUGGAGGCUCAGCCAGGCGCAGUUGUGACUCCCGGGGUCAACGUGACCUUGAGGUGCCAAGCUCCCCAACCCUCCUGGAGGUUCGCACUCUUCAAGGCUGGAGAGAUUACCCCAGUGCUGCUUCGGGAUGUGGCUGCGGAGCUGGCGGAGUUCUUCCUGGAGGAAGUGACCCCAGGCCAGGGAGGCAGUUACCGCUGUUGCUACAGGAGGCAAGGGUGGGGGCCAGGGGUCUGGUCCCCACCCAGUGAUGCCCUGGAACUGCUGGUGACAGACGUACUGCCGCCACCGUCGCUGGUGGCACUGCCCGGGCCGGUGGUGGCGCGCGGCGCGAACGUGAGCCUGCGCUGCGCGGGCCGCGUGGGCGGCAUGAGCUUCGCUCUGUACCGCGUGGGAGAGGCGGCGCCGCUGCAGUACCGCGACUCAGCGCAGCCUUGGGUCGACUUCCCCCUGCCCGCCGCCCGCGCCCCCGGCACCUACAGCUGCUACUACCACACGCCCUCGGCGCCCUAUGUGCUGUCGCAGCGCAGCGAGCCGCUGGUCGUCAGCUGGGACGGCGCUUUACCCUCGGACUACACCCAGGGGAACCUCUUACGUCUGGGGCUGGCUGGCCUGGUCCUCAUCUGCCUGGGCGCGCUGAUGGCUUUUGACUAUCGCAGCCAGAGCUACGCUGGUGGGGGGCUCCUGUCAUGAGCCCCAGGGGAACUGGAUAAAGACUCUGGCAGCUUGAGAAGACUUGCUGGAGAGGGACGGAGAAGAAGCUGAGACCCCUGGGGUUGGACUGGCAAUUUUCGAAGCCUCACAGCCUGUGAACCUCAUCCCCCCCUGCUGACCCCAAUUUAUAAUAACCAGCCUUCGCCUGUGCCCCCAGCUCUGUAGCUUCCUUCUGGGCCAU